UUAGUACAAAGUGAUCAGAUACCAUACGCAGAAGAAUAUCCUUGCAAUCCAUGGGCUAAAUCCUAUUACAUUCUGGAUCCUAACACUAUCAAUAGUCAUAUUCAUGAAGUACCACUCAAACCAUUAGUUGCAGUAGAACACUUUUUUCACAAGCAAAAAAGAACUCUGUUAGGUAUAGAUAGCAAGGAGCGCGCUGAUGAGACCAUCCAACUGUUAUAUACUGUUGCAAAACAAAUAUUUGAAACUGAUAUCACUUUGGAGAAACGAACGAUUGACGUCCUUUUAAAUGUAUGUGAACAGGCGCAAAAGCAGUUUUUUAAGAUUAAGGAGGCACUAGAAAUCGAAGAUCUGGAACAGCUAAAAAAACGUACAAGAGAGUAUGCCGAAGACGGCUGUAUGUAUUUGGAGACAUACAAAUCAAAGUAU